AUGUCUGAAGCUCUCCUCAUCUACUCAUCCGCGAUGUCUCCAGGCGCCAUCCAUAACCUUGAAGCGCAUACGCAUACGCAGCAUACUCAGUCCAACGUCAAUGGCAGAAAACGAGCACGAGAAUCCGUUGAUAGCGACGAUCAUCUACUAUCUAAAGUCAAGAGAACCAAGUUCGCCAUCGAAAUCCCUCCUCCAAAAAUAAAGUCGCUUCCACCACGAAAACGAUCCGGCGUUAUUAAAUCGAACGCGAAUCCCGACCUUACCUCUGCGAACUCCGUGCAACAGCUACAAAUAGCAUCAUCAGCAGAUGUACGAACGGCACACCCACCAACCCAGAAAUCACCAACUCAGAAAUCACCAACUCAGAAACAACCAACCCAGAAACAUCAACCACAACCUACAAAACAUCGCAAUAAAGUUGCCAAUGGCAUCAGACAUGAGUUGGACCGAUUACAGGAUAGGCAACAGGUCACCAAGUCCGACAUAAAGGACGAGAGGCGGAAGCUUCGAUCGCAAGGGACGAAAUUUAAGAGUGAAUUGUCGGCGUACUUCCCAGAGUAUGAUGAAAUCAUUGGAAAUGUUCCAAAAGAAGAACGUAGGUUUUACAACGAAAUUGGAUACUCAAACCGUAGCUUACUUCCCUAUCCAGAUUUCUUAGAUGCCGACACGCCAAUCAUUAUCAUUGAUAGCUCCAAGAUAAAACAACCGCGUAUGACCAAGAAGGAAAGGGAGAGGCAGGAGGACGAAUAUCUAGAUAGAGUCAAAGACCGGGCUGAUCCGCAUUACGGCGAUUAUCCAGUUAAAAAAUACCCAUCCUCUCUCUUCUCCAAUCUUCAAGGUAAACAUGAAGUGAGUUUCUGGUCAAGGACUGCUGUGACCUGUGAUGAGGAUCCUCUAUCCGAGCAGCACUUCAAGACGCUCCACAAACGACCAGAACGCCAAGAAAAAGCUGUACGAAACGCUGAUAAAAGCCGCGCCCAACAUGAGAGAGAUUCGGUCAUUCGACUGAUGGAAGGCUUGCAAGGGCCGGAUUGGUUGAAGACUCUUGGCAUCAGUGGCAUUACCGAAAGCAGGAAGAAGGAAUUCGGUUCAGCACGACAAUACUUCAUAAAAGGGUGCGAGACAAUCCUUGAGAAGUUCCGGAUCUGGAAGGACGACGACAAGCAAAGGAAGUUGAUGAAGGACAGGGCGAUAGCCGAAGCACUUGCAAGAGCUAAGGCGGAGUCAACAGUCAAAGCAGAGUCCAAAGAAGGCGAAGAGUCGGAGGAUGAUUUCGAAAGCAUCGGCGAUCAAAGCAAUGGCGAUCCUCCAGAUCUUAGUGAUAUUGAUGCUUCUGCGGCAAGGCAAUUGCAUGAUGAGGCAAUCGCCAGUUCUGCUCCUCGACCUGGAGCUGGACCAAACUCGAUUUUUGGACCGCUUCUUGCUGCAGCCCCUACUGUGGAGAGAGAAUUCACGUCAUUCUUCCCAAAACCAUAUUUACGCGAUGCAGCACUUGGAAAGUACCGACGUAGUGGUAGAAGCGUUAUCGCCUGGGGCCAUCCCGUUCCUGAUCUUCCAGAAGAACUCGAGUUCGGAUUGCCGGACGAAUUCUUUUUGAUGAGGCAAAAUUCUGGGUCUCCAGCAAGAGAUUACAGAAUAAACGGAGGAAGAAAAACAAGAGAUUAA